AUGAAUCUAGUUCCUAGGUGAGUGUUCAGUAUCUUGUAUCAAAAUGAAACAAAUAAUAUUGACUUCUAGUUUAUUUGUACUUAUCUGCUCUUCAAUUUCCGCAGUUUCAGGUGGAAAUGUGUUUUGUUACUUCGCAAGUUGGACAACGUACAGACCAGGAAACGGGAAAUUUGACGUGACUAACAUAGACCCCUCUCUCUGUACUCACAUUAGCUUUGCAUUUGUUGGAGUAGGAGAAAAUGCAACUGUUCGCAUUAUAGAUCCUUGGGAAUCAAACGAAGAUUAUGGUCCUAAGGGGUUCGAGCAUUUGGUGGGUCUCAAGCAACAACAUCCCAAUUUGAAAGUUUUACUAAGUAUGGGCGGUUGGAACGAAUCAUCUUCAAAAUUUUCAUACGUCGCCAGAUAUCCAGAACUGAGAAAACGUUUAGCGUCGAAUGUACUGGCUUUCGUCAAACAGUGGAAAUUUGACGGUUUCGAUUUGGACUGGGAAUACCCUGGUUUCAGGGAUGGAUCUAAUCCAGCUCUCGAUAGGGAUGACUACACAGCCUUGAUGUCGGAUCUGAGACAUGUUCUUGCUCCAGAAGGUUACAUAUUAUCUGGUGCGGUUUCAGGAGCGAUCAAUAGAAUCAAAAUUUCAUAUGACAUUCCAGCACUGAACAAACUUAUGGAUUACAUAAACAUCAUGGUUUAUGAUUUCCAUGGAAGUUUCGACCCAUAUGUAGGACACGUUUCACCCUUAUAUGCAUCCUCCUUAGAUUCUUCGCAUGGUGACAAUGUUACUUAUAAUGUGGCUUCUGGAAUCCAAUAUUGGUUGGACAAUGGAGCUGAUCCAUCGAAAAUAAACUUGGGAAUAGUCACUUAUGGACGCAGUUUCACGUUGGCAGAUGAAAGCAAAACUGAGCUUUACGCCCCUAUUCAGGGAGGGGGUAAAGAAGGACCGUACACUCGACAAGAAGGAAUUUUAGGAUAUAAUGAGAUAUGUGAAUUGCACUCAGACUGGACGUACGUUUGGGACGACGAGCAAAAAGUUCCACACAGAAUAAGUGGAAACCAAUGGGUCGGAUACGAAGAUGUUCGGUCGAUAACAUAUAAAACUGACUACGCAAUUUCGAAAAACUUGGGAGGAAUGAUGGUCUGGGCUUUCGAUAACGACGAUUUCAGAGGGAUUUGUGGAGACAAGUACCCUCUAAUGAAUGUUUUACAGAAAAUUAGAUAAUAUGUAAAUGAAAUGUAUUCCAUCGUUUUUUGAAUAUUCGUGAUUUGUACAUUCUGAUACUCUCUCAAUAAAAAAUUAAGUACUUUCCUA